AAGCGAUUUUCAACGAAAAGGUUACCACCAACAACACAACCACUGCCACCGCCACCGCCGCCGCCGCCGCCGCAACAACGCCCAGCAAUCAAGCGGAAUUUGGAUUUGUUUUAAAAGUUAAAUAAGCAACGCACGCAGGUUUCGCUCAUAAAAAUUGCAGUUUAGUGCAAUUGUGAAGACAAGAAGGAGAAGAAAACGAAUCGCUCGUAGAGCAUUUGAAGAGACUGUUUUGUGUGUGCGUGUGUUUGUUUGUGUUUUGUGAACAAUUUGAAUUGCUUGUGUUGGUGCGCCUGCGCCUUAGAACCGGAAGUGCUUACAAGCAACGAAAAUUUCAAUUGAACGAAUAGUAAAAAAAAAGAAAAACAGCAACAGCAACAGCAAAUACAACAACAAAGCAAAUAAUAUAAAUAAAAAUAAAGCCAAACCAUUAAAGCGGAUUUAUAGCGGCGCGUGCAAAAAUGCAACUACAACAAUUUGUGUUGGCCUCCUUGCUGUCCGCACUCUCAGUGCUGUUGGUCGUUGAAGCACAGAAUGGUCCGUAUCCACCUCGACUGAGUAUACCUGGCGCUGUGCCGCUGGCUGGUCCAGCAGUUGCUGGACGCCCACAAUUUCGCAAUGAAAAAGUGGUACGCGUGCGUCGUCCAGUCGCACUGCGCGCUCAAAACACCUACAUUCCAUCGGCAGCACCACGCAUACAAGAGGAGGCCAAGCCUGUGACCGAAUCGACUGAAGACGAGCAGCCGGAUGUCUUCUUGCCACAACUGCUGCGUGAACAGCAAUUAGCACAGGCACAGCAAGCGCAAUUCCAGCAGCAAGCUAAUGCCUUCCUAAAUGGUGAUGCAAAUUCCAUUCAGGACUCACCUUCACUGUCACAGCUGUUGCAUGAGGAUGAGCCAAUACUUGCGCCGUCUCCACAACCCGCCCUGACCACAACGCGCUUCGCUGAACGCCCCACACCGGCCGUGCCUUCAACGUCCUCACCAAUUAACAAUCGACCAGUCUUCAAUGACUACGGUAUAGGCAGCUUCGGCACUCAGCGCUUCGGUUUAGAGCGUCCACAGCAGAGCGCACCUGCACCGGCGCCCAUACCACAACAGCCACAACGUGUCAAUGUCAUACGUACACGUCCCCAAGUGCGUGAACCACGUCCACAAUACGAAGCACAAUCAGCCCCACAGCCAGCACCAGCACCGGCACCAGUACGGUCGCGUCCACGUCCAGCACCAGCACCACGCCCGGCAAUCGAGUACAAUCAAGUACAACACGAGGAACGUGAACAGCCACAACAGCGUCGCCAACGUCCGGUAGCACAAACAAUACGCAAGUGGCGUGAAGAGAAUGAGGACGGUAGCAUUACGUGGGGUUAUGAAAAUGAUGACGGUUCAUUCAAGGAAGAACUCAUCGGCACAGAUUGUGUUACAAAGGGCACCUAUGGCUAUAUCGAUCCCGAUGGCAACAAACGCGAAUACCAUUACGAGACUGGCAUCAAAUGUGAUCCCAAUACACGUGAAACUGAGGAAGAGCUCCAGCAGAACGCUUUCAUCAAUUACGAACAAAACAUAGCUGUGCUACCCAAUGGCCUUGAGAUUGAUAUGUCACAGAUUGGCAAGAAGAAAUCCAAGCGGCCGAACUCCAUCUACAGAAAUUAAUUUAAUAAAAAGUCUAUGUAUAAAUAUUUAUAGUAUUUAAGUAAAUGGCAGAUACCAACAUUUACAUUUUUAAUUAUUAAUUUGUUGUAAUUUGUAUUUUAUUGUAUUUUCUCUGCAUAGCCUUUGUCUAAGUACAAAUGCUAAAAUGAUACAUGAAUGUAUGUACAUCAAGAGCGUGUACAAUCUAAUUUCAUAUAAAAUAUUAAAAGAACGAUUUAUUGAAAAUUAAAAAACCGCUAAGUAAGGUACCUUAAAUGUAAAA